CGUCACAACCAAACAAGUGGAUAAAUUAACAUUAUUUGACUCUCCAUCACAUUUCAAUCAGGGCAGCUGCUGAUUGCUUUUAUAAAAUUUAAUAUAUAGCUUUAUAUCAAUUAUAUGAGACACAAAUCAUGAAAAAUAUAUCAAAUUUUCAAGCCUUUCAGGUAUUUCUAUUCGUAAUAUGUGUCAGUCUUAGCCAAAGUGCUCAAACUGAAGUUAACGAGGGAGAGAUCAAGGAAAAUCUAAAUGGCAGCAAGGCUUCAGAUGACAAGUCUGUUAAGAGUUCAAUUUUUCUCCACCAUAAUUAUGAAAAUAUGAUAUCGCUUAUGAUGGAUGUUAACAAGGAGUGUCCGGAAAUAACAAGGAUAUAUAAUUUAAGUGAACCAUCUGUUCAGGGUAGGAACCUGACUGUGCUGGAAAUAACUGAAAAUCCUGGUGUCCACAAACCUGGUUAGUACCGUUACUAUGUGAUGUCUAUGUUGUUCCUUUUCUUCAAAUUUAAAUAAAAUGUAGUCAUAUUGUUUACCCUAUAAAAAAAUUUUAUUUUGUUUAAAUUGGGAGAAAAAUUGGCUAAAUUUACACAAUCUGCGCCACUCAUUUCACUGUGGUUUUGAUCUACUUUUUUCUCCCACUCUUCACUGCAACCAUCAUUAGUUAAUGCAAAAACAGCUCUGCUAAAAAGUAGUUACAAUUAGCAAAGCAAAUUUAAGCACAUGUAAAUUUAAUGACAAUUUUUAAAGACAAUUCUGCAACUCUACGUAAGUUACAUCGUAACCUGAAAUCUAAGUCAAUAUCCCAAACUCAAGCAUAAAUUCCACAGUAAAUUUAGUCCUCCUAACUUGAGCAAAAAUUCACCCCUAAAUUUAGAAAAAUCUACAACUCUAUGUAAGCUGAAACUGAAUGCUAAGCCAGUAUUCCUAACUCAAGCGUCAAUCCGGAAAUUCCAACAUAAAUUUAGUCCCCCUAACUGGAGCAUAAAUUCACACCUAAAUUUAAGACCCCCUAAUUUGAGCAUAAAUUCACAUUUAGUAUGAUUUAGUCCCCCCUAACGUAAGUAAGCGUAAAUCUUCAAACCUAAAAUCUAUGACCUAACGCCUAACAGUAACAAGAACCCUAAAACUAAAACCAGGUGUUUGUGCGAUACAGUUACUACACACUGUACUGAGAAAAGCAUACAUUUGAAUAAAAAGAAUAAAAUUACUUUUAAAAUAUUUAAAAUAAUGAAAGCCCAACUUACAGUUUCUUUGAAUACACUAUUACACGCUUAAUUUUAAAGCAGGUUCCACCAAAAAUCAAUACUAUACUGUUCCAAAAUGUCAGCCCACCCAAUGAAAUAUUAAUUUAAAUUAUUCUAUCAGUGUAUUAAUAUGAAAAAAAAAAAGAAAAAAGGUUAAUUCUAGUAACAAUCCAAAAAUAAACAAAAGGGAGGGAAUCCUACAAAGAAACUCAAAGUGGCAUGGAUUGAGUAAAUUGACCAAAAAUUGUUCUGAUGAAUUAGGCCUAGUAUUAAUAUUAGUAUUUAAAAAUGCAUAUUAAAUAAAAAUUGUUACAUUUUUAGGUCUAACAAUGUUGAAUAUGGAAUGAAUAAUUCACAGACAAUAUUAAAAUUUUUACAAAUGUAGGCUGGGCUAUGUCGUUGAGUCAAAGUUUGACACUUAGUCUUAGAGCAGAAAUGAGCCACCUGUGUUGCAUAACAUAACUGCUUUUUCUAUCUAAACUUGUUGGCCUAAUUAUGAUUUAAAAAAAAAAGCGACUUUAAAAAUGUUAUCAGAGAUCAAGGCAGGGGUUUUCAAACUACGGCCCACAGGCCAGAUCCUGUCUGCCUGUGUAAAGGUACCUGGCUAGUAGCAUCAAUUAUGGUUCCAAACACUGAUCAUCUCAUUAGCCAUACUUCCCUUUGAAACACUAUUAAGUUUGUGUUGGAUAUAUUUUUUUCUUCAUUUUAAAUGUUUUAUUUUCAAAUUUUUUUUUCCACUACAAAUAAGAUUUGUGCAGUGUGCAUGGAAUUCAGUCAAUUUUUUUCAAACUAUAGAGUGGCUCCCCUGACAGUGUCUGAGGACCUUGUUUAAAAAGUUAGACCCCUGCUCUAGGGCUUUCUCAAGUCCUGUUGAAAAUAUUUUUUAAAAUUGCAUUUGUAUAAAGACAAUUUUGUGUUACAUGAUCUAACUUUAUUUUAAUAAGUUCCUCUCAAUCAUUUUUAGGUUUUUAGUUAUUAGUGUCUAUUAGUGUCUCCUUUAAAAUGUGGAAAAUUUGACAUUUAGAAAGUUACAGCAUGCAUGGCCUAUUCUCUGCUAUAGGUCUAUCAGCAUCAUUCAGAACUAACUCUGAAUACUCUUAAUUAGCCAAGACAAAGACUUAGAUAAUGGGUUAAAAUCUAAAAUGGAUAUCAUUUAACUAACCACUUUUUUCACUGUACUUAAUCAUAAUUGUCAAUGAGCUCUCUUAUGCUCAGGUGAUCUUUCCCUAAAUCUCUACAAUUUUUCUGACACCUCAUUGUUUUGAUGUGCCCAAUAUAUAAGAAACUGAACAUUUCUCUAUGUAAAUCAAAAUAACUACAGAUAACUUAAUUAAAUUUAAUAAGAAGUAUAUAACAUAAUUCUUAGAUUAAAUAAACUACCUCAAUGAGUGUAUGUUACAAUCGAUGGCAAUAAUUCAGCAAGCAAAAUGCCACCCCUUGUUAACUGUGGAGUCCUGGAUGCUUAUUACGUCUUCUCUACUUAUUGAUCUGUUAUGUUAUGGCCCUAUCAUCUAUGAUUGUGACUGGUUCUCUUUUCUGCUUGUGGUCGCAAAGUGUUAGUAUCUGUCUUCUGUCAAAAUGGCUACACAUUUGUAACGAAUUGUCUCAACUAACACUAGAAGGGGUGACUAUUCCUGAAACAUAUUAAAAAUCACUUGCAAAACAUAAUACUAUACAAAGUCCCUACUCUAUCUACUUAUGGUGGAUCUUCCAGGAUAUCUCUAAAUAAGUCUUCUUAUAUAUCUAUCAGUCACUCAACAUUACAUACAGCUUCUACAAUUCUUAUAACUUUGUAUAUACACUACCUCAACAUAGAAUUCCAUGGCAUGAACUCAUACAAUGUCAUAGGUCUAAGUCCAAGCACAUGAAGAAAGUUUCUUGAGAGGCCUGCUGAUUAGUGAAAGAUCCAAAUUUCGCAUGGUUUAUAUACUUGAGCCUCCCCUCACAAACAGUAAUAUCCUGACUUAUGCCCUGUCAACUUAAAUGAAAUUGCAGUUAAACUAUUGUAAUUAAGUGUUAAAAAAUUGCACUUUAAAGCAUGCUAAACUUAUUCUAUCUGCUUUAUUUCAUAUUUUAAAAAAAAGGUAUUUAAAGCAUUUUACUUUAUUAGUUGUUUAAUUUUUGUUAAAUAAAGAAGUACAUCACAUGUAUAAAAUUAUAAUAGGUAAAUAUGAUGCAGACAUUUACAAAAAAAAUCUUAAAGGGAGCAAAUUCUUUAAACUAAUUAAAUCUUUUUUUUUUUUUUUUAUAAUUCACAGGAAAACCAGAAUUCAAAUAUGUAGGAAAUAUGCAUGGAAAUGAAGUAGUUGGAAAAGAAAUGCUCUUGUACUUAAUGAUAGCACUGUACAUCACAUGUAUAAAAUUAUAAUAGGUAAAUAUGAUGCAGACAUUUACAAAAAAAAUCUUAAAGGGAGCAAAUUCUUUAAACUAAUUAAAUCUUUUUUUUUUUUUUUUUAUAAUUCACAGGAAAACCAGAAUUCAAAUAUGUAGGAAAUAUGCAUGGAAAUGAAGUAGUUGGAAAAGAGAUGCUCUUGUACUUAAUGAUAGCACUGUGUGAAGGAUAUAAGACUGGGGAUGAUUUAUCUAAAUUUAUUGUCAGUCAGACUCGUGUUCACAUCCUGCCAUCCAUGAAUCCUGAUGGCUGGGAAGCUGCAUAUAAAGAGAUGCAGGUAAGGCAUUUUUUUAAAACUAUGGUUCUUGUAACUUAAAAAUUAUGUAAACAAUUUUUAUUUAAAUAAUUACUUGCACUGUAAUAAAAAUAAAACAUAAAAAAAUAAUUUAAUUUGUUUAUAAAUACUAGGUAGUAAUCAAGCAUAUUCAUUUUUAAAUGAAGGAGAAAGGAGAAGCUGGUUGGCUGACAGGUCGAUCAAAUGCAAAUGGUGUUGAUCUUAAUCGCAACUUCCCAGACUUGAAUGCUGCUGUUUAUGAGAAUGAAAGAGAGCACAAGGGCAGGAACAAUCAUCUGAUGAAAGUAGAGAAUGCUAUUGCUAAUGACCAUACAGUAAGUUAAAUGAUCCUGUAGGUGUUGUGUUUUCUGUAUUUUCUCAUGUGUGCAUGUAUUUCAAGUGACCUAUCUUUUCUCCCUUUAUGUAUGUAAUAAUAAUUUCUUACUUGCUAUAGAAAAUUUACAACAGGUUAAGAAUUUUUUUUGUCUAUUUCUCUUUAUUGUUAAAAAUAAAAUUAUGGAAUAAAUGAAAAUAUUUUGCAACAUCUAGUUUUAAAUUUUAUUUUACUAUGGCAGUUACAGCCAGAGACUAGAUCAGUAAUGGGCUGGUUGGCUAAGAUUGGGUUUGUGCUGUCUGCCAAUCUUCACGGUGGUGACCUGGUAGCAAACUAUCCUUAUGAUGAGACCAGAACUGGAAAAAGCCAAGAGUACACAGCGUGCCCUGAUGACCAUACUUUUGUGUAAGUUGAAUUUUUAGCUUGAUUCAGUUUAAAAAAAAAAUUAAACUCAACCCUCCAAGCCUCUAUACCCUAGCCCCCAUUCUCUCCUGCCCUAUCCCCCUCAUCUUUCUUGAAACUAAUGUACUCUCAUCAAACCCCUUACCUUAAAAAAAAAAAGCAUGGCUACCUCUCAAUCCCCACCACCCCUUAAUCACCAAUCUUUUCCUAUAUACCCGACCACAUGACAUGGACUGGCAUAUGCUGAUGAGGUAGCAGAUUGUUUGCCCAUUUUAAAAUAAACAAAUCAGAAAUAAUUAUUGCAAGAGUUUUCUGUCAUGAGCAAUAAACUACAUGUGGAGCAUGGGCUCACAUAUUUAGUUAGCAUUUUUUUUUUAGUUAACUAUAAAUAUCAAUUACAAUAUUAUGGCAUAUUUCAAUAGCUACUUAGCCAAGUCCUAUGCCUUCUACCACAAGACUAUGGCAGAUUCUAAUAGACCUCCAUGUGAUAAAGAAGGGGACAACAAACCAAUUACUAAUGGUGGACUUUGGUAUUCUGUUGCUAAAGGUUGGUGCAAAUUAUGAGAAUUAUAUCUAGUAAAGAAGAUGCAGAAAUAAAUACAAAUUUAUAUAAAUAACUUCUUCAAACCUGGGUUGAUAAAAGGAUUAAAUGUUUAUAAAUUUUGAACAUAGUAUAGUUAAUAGUAUUUUAGUCUGUUUUUUGGAAUUAAUUUGCAUUUUUUAAAUUUAACCCUCUUUUUUCUUGAAAUAAGUUUUUGUCAUACUUUAAAUGGAUUUCUUUAAAUUUUCAAGUAUACACAAGAUUUACUUAAUGGUAUUUAAAUCAAUUUUUGAAAUUAAUAUUGUAUUUAAUAAAAUAAAAAAAAAAAAGAUUUAAAUAGAUUUUUUCUGCCUUAAAAAAAAAAGGAUUUCUUUAUUAUUAAUAAUAUUGUAGUCUCUAUCUAUUUUAUAUAAAUAAGAAUUUCAAUUCAAUUUCAGUUUUACACUUUCAAAUUAUUUCUUAAUAUUGUCAUUCAUCCAUAUCGUUCCACCAAAGUCUUAUUAUUAAAUAAAUUGAAUAGAAAAACUAAUUUUCCAGCUUUCUCAACCCCAAAUCAAUUUAUAAUUUCUAAAAAUGAAAAGUUUAAUUAAAUAAAAAUUAUUAUUAUUAAACUUUAGCGUCCAAUCAUGAUUAUAUAUACAGAAAGAAUAUAUUAUGUGAAUAUUAAUAUAUAAAAGAACAAAACUUAUAUAAGCUGGUGUCAUAAAUAAGUGUGAUUGAAACAAUUAAAAUCAAUUUUUAAAAUUUAAAUAUUCAACCCUGCUUCAAACAUUGAUAUAUAUAUUAUAUAUCUAUAUAUAUCUAUAAUGGAUUGGGUAAGAAAACGUCUUUUGAAAAGAAAGUCUUUUAAAGUCUACUCUAUACCGGUAAAAAAAGUUUAGAAUAUGAUUAAUGGUUUAAAAUUGAGUACCUUCUUGAUUCUUAGCAAAAUUUGAUUAACCCUUUUUUAAAUGUCAAGUAAUAAGAUAAGAAUAAUGAAAUUUCUCUCAAAAUUCAGAAUAUGUAUUUCAUUUAUUAAGUUUGCUAGGUCUAAAAUUUCAAUAGUUGGUAGGGCACAACCAAUUUUUGGACAUGAUAAACAGAUUCCCCCGGAUAGGCCAGGCCUAUUUGAGUUGGAAAAGUCUGAACCAACCAUUUGGUUGACAUGCUGAAAUUAUUAAAAGCACUUUCUCUGUGCACUUUGACACUUUCUGGUCCAAUCCACAUGGAAAGUUUGCGCCAAAUUGAAAGUUUUUGGGAGCUGAGCUUUUUGUAAUAAUGGCCACAUUAUUUUUUCACUAUAGACUAUAUAUAGAGAUUUCUAUCACAUGUUGGCAAAAAGUAUUGGUGUCCAAUCAUGCCAACUGUUGCGUGUAGCUCUUAAAGUUUGACAGCUAAUAUUUGGUCCUUAAAAUUAGCCCUCCUUUUGUAAGUCGUUGCAGUCUGAAAAAUAAUCAUUAAAAAAAACAACAAAAGACGCCGAAAUAAGAAACAAUCCAAGUCCACAUUCUGUAGUCAGAAAUGUGUAGCAGAAUAUUAAGCAAUCAUCUGUUAUGAUUUAAUGGUUAUAAUCAGUGAAAUUGAAGUAUCAGAAUAUUAACUUUUAUUUUCUCUUCCGCCCUCUCUCCCUCAUCUCUCCAAAGACCAGUGUAAUAAGCUAAAUUUUUGAAGAACAUUACAAUAACAAUAUUUCUUAAAUACUGCUUAAAUGUAAGUUAGUUACUAAUUAAAGGAUGGAUUUGUUGUCUGUCUAAAAUGUAUUUUUCACAUAGAAGUAAUGUCACAUUCACAUUGGUUUGGUUAUAUCUACUUAUAGGUAUGCAAGACUACAAUUAUUUGAAUACAAACUGCUUUGAGAUCACUUUAGAGCUGGGAUGUAAGAAAUUCCCUCCUGCUUCCCAUCUUGAAGAGCUUUGGCUAGAGAAUGCUGCUGCCCUAUUUAACUACAUUUUACAGGUUUUACAUUUUAUAUCAUUACACUUAAGGAUAACAUAAUAUAUUUCAUAUUGAGCUUAUGGAUGAAUAUUUUAAUGUCAGACUUCAAGAAAUAAUUUGCUCUUUUUGGAAAUGUCUAAAUCUGACGUUUGUAUUAAUUAUAUUUUCAAUACACUUUGUUUCUUUUGCAAACAAUAUACUAAGUAACUUUUUCAUAGUCUUAAAUUGCGCACCUGUUAUUUUUGAAACAUCACAUCAUAUAUUUGCCAUAGUACUUGAUUAGUACACAAAAAUAACUCUUUCUUUGUUUUUUUUCUGCUAGACACACAUUGGCAUCAAAGGCUUUGUAAAAUCCUCUGAAAAUGCACCGGUUGCCAAUGCAGAAAUUAAAGUCAGUAAUUUAGCAUCUGGUUUGCCCAUUGAACAUGACAUUUUGUCUUGUAAGUACAUGUUGACAUACUGGUCUAACAUUUAUAAACUUAUAAUUUCCCAAUUUAUGUAAGAUGUAAUACCUUGUGAAAAUAAUAAUUUUUAUUUCUUAAAAUUAUUUUUGACUUAAAAUUAUGUAAUUUUGCAUAUUUACUUCUAACUCUAGUGGAAGAUGGAGAUUAUUACCGUUUGCUGGGUGAUGGCUAUUACCAUAUUUCUGCCAAAGCUGAAGGUUUCCAUCCUUCUUCUCGUUGUGUGCGCAUCAUGAACAAAAAUCGUGUUGGUGAAUCUAUCUCGGAGCUAAAUACUGCACCUGAAUUGAACUUCACCCUUGUCCCUAAAUCAAUGCCUAAGCCUGACAUUAAGGAAGACCUGGCCAUCUGUGAGGCAUUGUGGAAUGAAGUUCAAGAAGAGGUAAGCUAUUUUUUUUUAAAAUUUAGAUCGCUCGCAAAUCAAUACCGGUAUGUACGAAAAUGAUUGAAUUUCUGAAAAAAGGUAUUUUAUUAAAAAAAAUUAAAACCAAACUAUUUUAAUAGUGAAAAUUACAAGUAAACCGAAUUUUAAUAAAAGUUUUUUGGCAAAAAUUACAGUAUAAAAAAAUAAGGUAUUUCAAUUUUGCUUCUUAUGUCUUAUAUUACUGCAAGAUGGGGUUUUGGUCAGCUGACACGAAGUGACUGGAAUUUUAAAAUUUAAAAGAAAAGCAUUCAUUUCCCCAAAUAUAUGGUAAAUUUUACUACUCUUGAUGACUGCCUUCUAAGAUUCAAAUCCAAGGUCAUUGUGUAUUCUGCUGGUGAUAGAAAUGUUUGCUCUACAUGAGAUCAUUCUUUGGAGUCUGACAACAAAUCAAAAAUAUUAGAAAUGUUACCUUUAGUAUAAUAAGUUGUUGAGCAGGGUCAAAUACCAGUUUGAUAUUCAAUUUAAAAAGAUUGGGUGUUAAUGUCCUUUAUAGAAAAAUAUUAGGUGAUUUCAUAUGAUGAAAUUUUAAUGUUAUGACAGAUGUAGUUGAGGGUAAUUUAAAUGGCUUAAAAAUUAUUUUUUCCUUGUAACCAGACCCUGCUGGAUGACAGAGAUCUGUUAGUAUCCAUUUUGUCAUAUCUUGACCCAACAACAAAAUGGUCAACUGUAGCAGACCGCUUGACCACCAUCCAGCUGUAUUCUUAUUUGGCUGAGGGGCUCAAACAGCUCAAAGCAGACCAGAUGAAAGAAGUUUUACAUCUCAUGCCACGGGCUUUGCAAGAGCAACUUGAUAUGGUCAUUUCAGCCUCACUACAAAAGAAAUAAAUCAAUGCUGCAAGCACAGGGCUAUGAAAUUAGAUAAUUAUUGAUCAUACGUACACGUACCGUACCGAGGUCUUUUAAAAAAGAUGUCAAGAAUAACUUAAUCAGUAAUCAAACCAUACUAAUGAGAGUUUUGUAUGUUUCUUGUUAUAAUCAAAUAUUAGUUUCAAGUAUUUUUCAUAACUUUUUGGGUGAAAUGUUUUCUCUAAAUUUUUAGGUUACAAUAAAAGAUAUACUUUAAAUGAGUUAAUUACUGUUUGUUGCGGACCAUAGAGUGUUGCACAAUGAAUAAAAUAGCAUGGAGUAUUUGUUAGUGGACAAAAAUUACUUUAAAAAAUAUAGGGGGGGGGGGGGAAGGAAUAUGCAAGUUAAGAAAAUGCGGCUGUAUGCAUUCCCAUGAAAUAUAAACCAAUGGGGAAUUUAUUUACAAUUGACUAAGUUGGAUUUUCACCUUCAAUUUCAAUUAAGUUUGUGCAAUGUUCCUCUUCUUGACAUUCUGUAUAUUAUUUUUGAAUCAGUUCAUUGAGAGUUUAUGACCACUAUGGGUUAAGUAAGAACUAUUAAAUAAUUUUUGCAAAACAGAAUACCACUAACUUCCUGGUCAAAAUGACUUUCAAAUUUAAUGGCAGCAUACAAUUUGGGGGCCAAAUAUUUAUUAUAAAAUAUAUCAUAGAAAUAAAUCAUUUGGUGAGACUUUUAGGAAAUUCUAUUUGAGGGAAGAGCAGCAUGCUAAAGAGAGGUCAUUAACUUGUUGUUAUAAGUGUUAAAAUAGAUUGUUCCUGAUAUUUUUUUCUUUAUUGCACUCUGCACUGUGAUCAUUUUAUGUAACACAUUUGAGUAAACUUAAAUAAGGAAAUAUAAGCAUUUUAGCAAGAAAUCACAUUUAUUCUGUAUAAACAACACUUCAUACUGCACCCAGGCCGGCAAAUGUUAGUUCCAGAAUGCAGAUUUUAAAAGUUAUACACUCUUUAGCGAAAAUAUUUAUGAUGAAGGUGAGCAAAUAUUUAUAACAAAUUCUGCUAGUUGGUGCCAAAAUAAAUUAUAUCAAAGCAUGAAAUUGUAACACUAUAGAUCAGAUUUUUUUCCCCCUUUACUCCUAAGAUAGCAUUUUUAUCACCAUACGAGUACCCUUUAUGCUUGACGUUGUCUCGUCUGGCCAUUGUGAUGUUAAUUGUGCUAAAUGUUAAAAAUAUAUAAAGUUGAACAAGUGUAUUUUAUUCUUCUAUUUGUUUAAAAAAAAAAAUCAAAGGUAAAAAUAAAACCAUUUUUGUGUGUGUUCAUUUAAUCUCUUUAGGCAACUAAAUACAGUAUUUCAAAUUCCAUUGUUGAGAAAAAUAUAUUGUUAAAAAAUUGUUUUACAGGCUUUAAAAUGAUGGGAUGGAGCAAUAAAUUUAAUGAUCUCAAUGUUACUUAAAGCUGAAAUGAAGUUUUCUGUAUACCUUAUAUAUAACAAAUGGGUUUGUACAUGUACACACAUCCAUGUCAUCCUUUUGGGUACUAUAAGAUAUAUAACUAAAGCAUGUUUUAAGACUUAGCCAUUAGUACAAAGCGCAUUUAACAUAUUUUCUAUAAUCAAAACUAUUUUCUUUCCUUCUCCAGAUGUGAUCAAUUUUAUGUGCAAUAUUUUAAAAUAUUUCUGUGACGAGGUACCUCAAAAUGUUUUUUACCGUAUAGAAAAUGUAUUUAUUUAAUGAUUUUUUUUGUUGUUGUUCACAUUCCUUAUUUUACAGGAAGGCAAAGAUUUAUGAUUUCCUUGUGAUUUUAUACUAUACCAUUAAAAAAUAACAUUUCCACAUGUUUUAAAAAUUUUAUUAUGUUAUACAAAAUAUAUUCCAUUUAAAACUUAUAAUUAAUUCUGAAUUUACUAAGUUUAUCAUAAGAAAGUGAUCUAAAUAAGUGUUAGGAUAAGUUAUCAGCGGAUCAUAUUAGCCUGCAUCAAUAACCACUCUUUAAAAAAAUUAAAUGUUAAGGUUCUUGCACAUGGCUGUUUACUUUGGCAUUUUCUAUAAAAUCUUAACUUUGCUUUAUUUCAAGAAUCUCUAAGCAGUGGCAGAUAAGAUUAAAAUCAAUUUUAAAUGAUGCAAUUAGUACUAAAAUUAUAUGAUGUUGUGAACCUUGUGACAUUGGUCUUGUAUCGGUCAACAUUAAUUGAAUAAAAUGUAGUUAAAAACA